AUUUUAUGUUAAAAUGAACAAUUUUUCUGUUUUUAAAUAGGCUGGCAAACUGCUCUGCUCUUUUCAGUGAAAUCUCAGCCUUCAUUUCAAAAAGACAGUAAAUGACGGCCUGGCUGGAUGUUUGUGCUUUACGUCCUCAUGCUUCAUUAUUAGGUUUGACGCCCAGUCACUCGCACGGUUGUUGCGCAGCCCCUACCAAGUCUGUCUGUGCUGCUCUGAAUGAGCUGUUGGUGGCGCCGGUGUCCACAGAGUUGCGACUGAAGGUGAAGCAGUGCAGCGUAGCUCCUCUCUCCCGGCUGUCAGUCUUCCUCUCCCCGCUGUUUGUGGAGUUCUGUCACCCUCACCCCGGCCCCGCGACCGGCCAGCAUUUUAUAAUGGAGGCAGACUCUAGUAAGUUAGCAAAAGCAGAAGAGAAUGCCUCCUGCAACGGGGAUGCCACUACAUUGCCAACAGACCUUGAAUUACAAGCCUCCCCCAAACCACAGGCAUAUGUAUGCACAUUGAGUCCACAGUUGAUUGCUAAAGCACAAGAAGAGCUUCAAGAGAAACCUGAAUGGAGACUUCGUGAUGCACAAGCCCUGAGAGAUAUGAUUUUGAAGGAAGCUCCAAACCUAAAUACCCGUUUGGAUGAUGCCUUCUUGCUACGAUUUCUCAGAGCACGCAAGUUUGAUUAUGACAGGGCAUUGAAGCUUUUAUUGAAUUAUCAUGCAAACCAAAGAACAUGGCCUGAAGUGUUUGCCAACUUGAGGCCAUCUGCAAUAAAGCAUGUGUUGGAUUCUGGAUUUCUUACUGUUCUGCCUUAUCCUGAUCCACUUGGACGGCGUAUUUUGGUAAUUCGACCAGGAAGGUGGAAAAUUUCUGAUUAUCCCAUCACAGAAAACAUUCGUGCCAUUUAUAUAACGUUGGAGAAGCUUGUUCAGGCAGAAGAGAAUCAAGUGAAUGGAAUUGUCAUUCUUGCUGACUACAGUGGAGUUACAUUGUCUCAGGCUGCUCAACUUGGUCCAUUCAUGGCCAAAAAGGUCAUUGGAAUUCUUCAGGAUGGAUUUCCAAUGAGAAUAAAAACUGUCAAUAUCAUCAAUGAGCCCAUUAUCUUUAAGGGUAUUUUUGCCAUCAUAAAGCCUUUUCUGAAGGAGAAAAUGACUGAAAGGUUUGUUCUUCAUGGUUCAGAUCUGAGCUCUCUUCACAAGGAUAUUCCACCGAACAUCCUUCCUCAAGAGUAUGGAGGUACAAUGGGAAAACUCAACACAACUGCCUGGACUGAGUCAUUGCUGGCAUUUGAGGAAGAAUUUGUUGCAGAAUUUGGUCAGGCACAGUCACCAACGGAUAAUUCACAUGCUCAGUUUGCAGAUGGGCCAAAUGAGCAGUCAGGUCAACAGUGUGAUGAUUCCUUUAGAGGAGUGAGGUCACAGUUGUAUUACUGUUAUUAAUAAGACUCAUUGUUUGACACCUUCCCUAAAAGAUUGUCAUUAUAUUUGGUGGUGGAGUGUUUAUACAAGAUUAAUUGUGUGAUCACUUAAAAUAUGUAAAUAUUUUGGGCUUUGGAGAGACUAUCAUUUAGGUUUCUCACCUACAUUACUGUUACAGAAACUCAGCACGUUAAAUUGGUGCUGAUAGACAAUAAUAAGAUAAUUAUAAAGAACCCAAUCCUUCGCAGUUUCUAAAAUGUUUUUGACAAUUUUUAUUAAUAACUCUAUAGAAAGCCUUAGCUGCUAUAAUGUCAGAAUUUCAUAAAUUUCAGCAGUCCUUGUCCAUCUUUUACCUUUGAUAAUGAAAAACCAAAAUUCACUACCUGGGAGGCAGUUCUUUGACCAGGGUGCCUUCCCAGAUCUGAUUCUGUAUCAUCAUCAGACACCGAACACCAAGUACAUGCUCUCCAUAGGGAUUUUUUGAGGGUUAGUAGCUAGAUAACUCAGCUGUAGAAAGUCUAAGGACUGAUUUUUUUAAAUCAAAUCAUAAGUUAAACAAUUCUACAAAUUAAUACAAUGCUCAGAUGGUUCCAUCAUUGAGUUUCAUCAACAACCAGGAACAGGUAAGUGUUGCAAGAAAGUGAAUAGAGUCAAAGAAAUUAUUAAUAUCCAUAGCAUUCAUUCAGUAACUAUAAAUGAUUCUAAAGUUUUGCUCUGGACAGUGCUAUUAUAGAAAGUACUGUAUUUAUUAAUAGGCAUUCACUUGAAGAAUACAUUGAAUAUAUAAAGUUUAACAGAAGAAAAGUUGCUAUAUUCAAUCUGUAAUAAAGCAAGAAAUUAUUUCCAAAGGCACUAUUUUCUAUUAGCAAAAUGCAAUGAAUGAAUGAAAUCCAUUUCCUUGUCUUACCACACUUACACCCCAUUUCAAGAAAAGGAAAAAAACCUCAGUAGUAUUCAAUCUUCUUUCAUUUGCAUUACUGUCAGUUGCACACCAGAUAGAUGAAUAAAAUAUACUAGCUUGUGGAUUUCUCAAAAAUUGAUUAAGUAUUACUAAAUAUAAAAUGUAAAAUUUGCAAUAUUUCUUCCAUUUUGACCUGGCUGCACUGUAUAGAUGGUUCAGGCAGGCCUGGAGUGUGACAUUGUCAACGAUAAUAAUGUAUAUAGUAUCAGCAGUAUAAUUACAAAAACUUCAGAUUGAUUUGGCAUUAUUUUUAAAUUCUAUAUUUUAUAAUUUAUCAUAUAGUAAUUUACCAAAAGAAUUCAUUUAUCCCAGAGUUUUCAGAAGUAUAAUUAACUUUAUUUUACCCUAAAAAAGUACCUAAUGUUACAGAUUAUGUAAGAAGCAACAAUGCAGUGCUCUUGUCAUUGCAUUUGUACUGUAGGCACUAAAGUACAAAGUAUAAACCGGAUCAAACUGUUACAUUUAUGAACCUAAAUAGCCUACAUAGCAAAACCUGCUGAAGGAAAACGAAUAGAAUCAAAGAUCGACAUCUGUAAUCCCUUUGCUGCUCAUCGAAUGCAUACAAGUUAUAGAAAGGUGCAAAAUUAUCAUCAUUUCUCCUAAUAUUGUCAAAUCCAGACAUGUAUUGAAAAAGGGCAGAAGUAUUCAAUACUGACUGGGUCUCAGCUAAUCCUGGUUCAUUUAUUUUUUUAUAUUUUAUGUGUUAAAUUGUAAAACCCAAUGAUUGGAGAGUUUCAACUCUCAACAUUUUAAGUUUCUUAAUUGCUGAAAGUCAUUACUCAAUGUGUUGUACUCAAAGAGCUGUUGUAUUUAUCAACGUAGAAAUGAUUUAUGUGUACAAAAUUGAAAAUUAUUUUAACAAUUAUUUUUACAAUGUAAUUAGACUUAAUAGUAACAACUGACAUUUUUGGUGUACUUCUUAUGGCUCAGCAUUAGAUGGUACAGUAUGCAGAGGAUCAGCACUGAGUGUAUCCAUUUUGAAAUAUGAUUAUAGGGAUGGGUGGAACAAGAGUCUUCAGUAAGGCAGUACACCAGUGCUAAUCAGCCUGAAAGUCAUAGCCUACUUCAUUCUACAGGUUCACGAUGUUAGUUCCUUCCUCUAGUGUGAAGAGCUAACUUCUAUUACUGAUUGUCAGUUUAAGAAAAUAUCUGGGCCAACGUCAUCGGCACUUGUCAGCAGGUUAGCACCAUAUUGAUAUGAACAUCUGUAGAUGGGAAUGCGGAAAGGUUCAGUAAGUGUAAAACUGACUUAAUGAUUUUGUUUAUUGCUUGAAAUAGGCAGAUGUCUUUUUUUAGUAGUGUAACUUCUGUGAUGGUAUUCUAACUAGUAAACCUCCUCAAAACUCACACUUCCUUUUCUCAAGAGAGAGUACAAUCUGAUGGAUUUACCAUGUGUUUUUGAGGAUCUUGAUUUCCACUCAAGGUUUUAUCCAUGUCAUUUGGAAGAGGAACAACUUGAAAGUUAAAUUAAUAUUCUUAAAUUUGAAUCACUUUUUUGUCUGCUGCUGGCAAGAUUCCUGACUACACUGCCCUGCAUGUUAGUGUUUGCAUUAACUCAGCUGGAGUUUGCAGUGGCUAACGGGAAAUUUGCUGUUUUUUUUUCUGAAUGUUCCAAUAACAAUAUUUGGUUCACAAUUCCUUUAUCAGUUUACCAGUUAAUUUUACCAUAGUCUAAUUUUGAUCAAAGUGAAAUAUGGGACGUUCCUUUGAAAAGGGAAGGCAGCCAUGUAAGCAGCUUGUAGCUUAAUUUGGCUUUGGAGAAUUUCAUGUUUAGCCUGUGGUAUCUAUUGAAUAAUUAAAUAUUUUUUUAAUAUUUUACAAAUAAAUUCAGAGAUAAGCAGAGUUUAACAAAGAUAGAAACUGACAUAAUGUUCAAAUUGUCAGUAAAAUUUGUUUUGUUCAAUGCUCAUGUAAUCAAAUUAUUUUAAUGACUUUUAGACAGCAGAACAUCCAUUAAAGAAGGCUGCCAGAAACUAGGUAAACCAUAGAAGUAUGGAGCUUGGGAGAUCAUGAACUUCCUGUAAGGCUCAAAGGAGCACUUUUUUAUCCUCUGUAAUAAUUAGCAAACCACUCUUAACUGGCAGAAACACCAUGACAGUAUCCCUAUCAAAUUUGGUUAGAAAUAUACAAUAAUUGAGAUCCCUUGGAGUAUUAGGGCAAAGUCUCCUUACUUGACGACUUAAAGCAAACAAGCAUCUCAUAAAUUUAAGAGGACAAACCAUUUGUUUGUCCAUCUGUGAAGAACUUUGCACAAUAACAUUGGAAGUCGAGAAGUGCCUAGUUGCAAUAUGGUAGGAAUCUGUUUUUGGGGUUUUCUGGUGAGCACAAGGAUUAAAAUGGAUUCUUGGGGAACAGUGGAAGACUUUCAAAGAGAUUUUUCACAAUGCUUAACAAAAGUAUAUUCCAGUUAAAAGCAUGGACGGUAAGGAUGGAGAGAGAAAGCCUUGGAUACCCAAGGAAAUAAAGAAAGUCUUCAAACUAAAGGGCCAUGCAUCCAAAAUCGCCAAUAGCACUGGGAAACUUGAAGAUUGGGAAAACUUCAAAAAGCUGCAAAGAACUGCUAAACAAGCAAUAAAGAAGGAGAAGAUAAAUUAUAAAGAUAAAUGAGCACAAAAUGUAAAAACAGAUUGAAAAACUUCCUAUAACUACACAAAGCAAAAUAAAGGGUGGCUAAGUGAAUGUAGGUCCCGUGGAAGACGAAAAGAGGGAAUUAUUGGGUUAUGCUGAAGUGGCCGAAACUUUUAAAUUCUAUUUUGUAUUGGUUUUCCCAAUGGAGGACAUGUCUAGCAUGUCAAAGGGAGAUGUUAUAGAUGCAAAGGGAGGUGAAAUCAUUAUCAUUAAAGAGGUAGUGCUGAGUAAACUAGUGGGUUGAUAAGUUCCCUGGUCCUGAUGGAGCAUAUCCCAAGAUACUGAAAGAACUGACAGAAGAUACAGGUACAUGUAUGAUCAUUUCCCAAAAUUCUCUGAAUUCUGGAUAUGUCCCAGCAGAUUGGAAGACGGUGAAUAUCAUACCAUUACUUAAAAAAGAAUGUAGGCAAAAGGCAGGUAACUGUAGGCUAGUUAGCUUAACAUCUGUAGUCAGGAAAAUGCUUGGAGUUAUCAUUAAUAAGAAAUUGCCCUAUAGAUAGAACUGGUUCCAGCAGGUGAACACAGCAAGCAUUCAAGAAGCACAGGUCCUGUUUGACAAUCUUGCUAGAGUUCUUCGAAGAUAUAAUGAGCACAGUGAGUAAAGGUGAACAGGCGGCUGUUCUAUACUUAGGUUUCCAGAAGACAUUUGAUAAGGUGCCACAUAAAAGACUUGUCCAUAAGGAUGCAUGGAGUUUAGGUUAAUGUGUUAGCAAGGACAAGAGGAUUGGUUAACCAAUAGUAGGCAGAGUUGGGAUAAAUAAUUGUUUCUCUAGUGGGCAUUCAGUGCUAAGAUGAAUGAUGGCGGUGCUACAACUGAUCACAAUAUACAUUAACAGUUUGGAAGAGGGGACUACAGUGCCUAUAAAAAGAACUCAUCCCCCUUGUAAGUUUUCAUGUUUUAUUGUUUUACAACAUUGAAUCACAGUGGAUUUAAUUUGGCUUUUUUUGACACUGAUCAACAGAAAAAGACUUCCGUGUCGAAGUGAAAACAGAUCUUACAAAGUGAUCUAAAUUAAUUACAAAUAUAAAACACAAAAUAACUGAUUGUGUAAGUAUUCACCCUCUUUAAUAUGGCAUUCCAAAUCAUCACUGCUGCAGCCAAUUGGUUUUAGAAGUCAUGUAAUUAGUUAAAUGGAGAUCAUCUGUGUGCAGUCAAGGUGUUUCAAUUGAUUGUAGUUAAAAUACACCUGUAUCUGGAAGGUCCAACUGCUGGUGAGUCAGUAUCCUGGCAAAAAACUACACCGUAAAGACAAAAGAACACACCAAGCAACUCUGCAAAAAGGUUAUUGAUAAACUCAAGUCAGGAGAUGGAUACAAGAAUAUUUCCAAGUUACUGACUAUCCCUUGUAGUACAAUUAAGUCAACUGAGUGACCUUGCAAGAAGGGGACUAAUGAGGGAGGCUACCAAGAGACCUAUGACAAAUCUGAAGGAGUUACAAGCUUCGGUGGCUGAGAUGAGAGAGACUAUGCUUACAACAACUGUUGUAUGGGUGCUUCACCAGUGGCAGAUUUGUGAGAGAGUAGCAAAAGGAAAGUCACAGUGGGGGGAAAAAACUGACAUGUAAUCUUGGCUAGAGUUUGCCAGAAGGGAUAUGGAGACUCUGAAGUCAGCUGGAAGAAGGUUCUAUGGUCUCAUGAAACCAAAAUUGAGCAUCUCGGCCAUCAGACUAAACACUAUGUUUGGCAUAGGCCGAACACCGCACAUCAUCAAAAACACACCAUCCGCACUGUGAAGCAUAGUGGUGGGUGGCUACAUCAUGCUGUGGGGAUGCUUCACUGCAGCAGGCUCUGGAAGGCUUGUGAAGGUAGAGGGUAAAAUAAAUGAAGCAAAAUACAGGGAAAUCCUGGAGGAAAACCUGACGCAGUCUGCAAGAACACUGCAACUUGGGAGAAGAUUUGUUUUCCAGCAAGACAAUGACCCCAAGUAUAAAGCCAAAGCUACACAGGAAUAGCUUGAAAACAACAAAGUGAAUGUGGCAGGACUUGAAAAGGGCUGUUCACUCAUUAUCUCCAUACAGUCUGACAGCUUGAGCAGUUUUGUUAAGAAGAAUAGGUAAAAACCGCAGUAUCCAGAUGUGCAAAGCUGAUAGAGACCUAUCCACACAGAAUCAAGGCUAUAAUUGCUGCCAAAAGUGCAUCUACUAAAUUCUGACUUGAGGGUGUGAAUACUUGUGCAAGCAAUUAUUGUGUGUUUUAUAUUUGUAAUAAAUUUAGAUCAUUUUGUAGAGAUCUGAUUUCACUUUGACACAAGAGAGGCUUUUCCUGUUGAUCAGUGUCAAAAAAUUCCAAAUUAAAUCCACUGUGAUUUCGUGUUGUAAAACAAUAAAACAUGAAACUUUCAAGGGUGUGAAUACCUUUUAUACGCACUGUAAGUGUAGGGUAUCUAAGUUUGCUGGUGACAGUACAUUUAGUGGAAAUGCAAAAUGCAGAGGAUGUGGAGAAUCUACUGAUAAAUAUAGAUAGGUUAGCUGAGUGGGUAAGGGCCUGGCAGAUGGAAUACAACGUUGGUAGUUGUGAAGUUAUCCUUUUAGAAGGUAAAACAUCCGAUUUUUUUUUUAAUAAUGAAAGAUUCAGUAUGCUGUUGUGCAGAGGGACUUGGGAGUGAUAGUGCAUGAAUCAUACAGGUGCAGUGGGUUAUUAAGAAGGCAAAUGGAAUCAUUGGUAGGGGGAUUGAAUUUUAGAGCAGAGAAGUUAUGCUGCAACUGUGUACGGUACUCAUAAGGCAGCACCUGAAGUGCUGUGUGCUGUUCUGGUCACCUUACUUGAGGAAAGAUAGACUGGGUUUGGAAGCAGUGCUGAAGAGGUUCACCACGUUGAUUCUGGAGAUGAAUGGGUUAGCCUCUAAGGAGAAAUUGAGUCAUUGGAAUGCGGAAGGAUGAAAGGAUAUCUGACAGAAACUUACAAAAUAAAGAUAGGAAAGUUGUUUCACUGGUGGGUGAGACUAAAUGUAGGGAACAUAGCCUCAAGAUUCGGGGAGUAGAUUUAGGUCAGAGAUGAACAGGAACUGUUUUUCCAUAGAGUGGUGAAUCUGUAGAAUUCAGUGCCCAAGGAGGCAGUAGACUACUUAUGAAAUACAUAUUAGACACAGUUAUGGAAUUUUGUAUAGUAGGGUAUUUAAGGUUUAUGGAGUAAAUGAAGGAUUGUGAAGCUCAGUCUUCAGCCAGAUUACCCAUAAUCUUACAGAACGGCAGAGCGGGCUGGACAGGCCAGUUGGCCACCUCUGCUUCUAUUUAUGUUUGUUUAUUCUUAAGUCUUUGAAGCCAUAAAUAUUUAUUGGACCAUCAUAUGUAAAAGUGCCAAAAUAUUAUUAUUAAUAACAAUUAUUAUUAUUGUGGCUCACAAAUCAGGGACAAAGGUGAAACAGUUACAUUUUACAUCUGUAUAAAAUAGCUUCAUUUUACCGAUACCAGCAUAGCAUAUUACCUUAUGCUAUAUAACUAAUUCAAUCUAGAAAAUAUAAACAUUGUUAGUUUUUUUUAAUAUGGAAUAAUGUUAAAAAAAAUGUAUGUAGUACAGUUCCAAAAUGUGACUGUUGAUUCCAUUUGUAGUAACUGUAACUGUUCUAGGUUAUUUAGGGUGGAAAAUGAAUAUAUCCAUACUCUGGGAAAUUUUCAACAAUGCCUCCAAGGAAAGAAGGUGAAGAAAUACUUAUUUUAAUAAAUGAAUGUUUUAUAUUGUCUUUUUUACUAGAGUUACUUUGAAUUACCCAAGAUAUUCUUGAGUUAUACAAUUCAUUUUGUUUAGGUCAUGUUCAACCAAAAUAACUUUAAACAGUUCUAACUUGUUCAUCAAUGCUCUUGGAAUAUUUAUAAACAGAGUUCUACAAGAACAUGGCAUUAGUAUGUCACCUGUUAAAACUGUUGGUAAAAUGCAUCUUCAAAAUCUCAGUUUUCAUUUGAGAAGAAGUCCACGUGCAAUGUUUAUGUACAGGUUAUUUGUUUGAAACUUCCUGUAAUAAAAAGAAA